AUUCGUCAAAGUAACCCAACAAAAAGCAUCCACAUCUUUUUGCUUUGGCUCAGAGAAAAAUGAAAAUUCCAAAGGUUCUCUUUUUCUUCAUUUUUCCUGAGAAAACAAAGUACAAGGAUUGAAAGAUUGGCACCAGACCGAACAAAACUUCUGCUGAAACAGAGGGAGAAAUCAGAAACAGAGAGGCCUAACUAAACUAUAUAAAGUUAUAAACCAAGCUCACAGCAAAAACAAGAAAGAAAAGAAGAAAGAGCUUUUAGCAAAAGUCGGUUUGUAGAUAGAAUUUGUAACUGUUUCCCCUGAGAGCCGUGCUGAAACGAAAAGCACUAAAGCCCACGUUGUAGAUUUUGUGGUAGUAGAAGUUGUGUGUAGGUGUGUGUAGGUAGGAAGCGAGCCAGCCAUGUCAGCCCUGGUGCUCAAAAUGACCACAGCAGCCUCGUCUAUAUACCCCAAGAAGAAGCCCUACCACCAAAAGCUCUCCAAUUGGGUUUGGGUCUCCCCACAACGCCCUACCUCUUCCACCACCACCACUCCCUCUCCCUCUUCCCCUCCAGCCCUAAAUACCCCCAUUCAGGCAUUUACGCAAACACAUAAUAAAUACGGGUGCAGGAUAACCCCAUGCGCACCCCUAGCGCACCCCAACCACCCUCACCCUCCUCACAUUCUUCUUCAAAACCUAGGGCCCAGAUUUCUUAAAUGCCUCUCCGUCUCCUCUCGCAGCAGCAGCAGCUCUAGUGGGGGUUUCUCCGAGGACAAAGGAGAGUCUUCUGGGUCUGGGUCUGGCUCUGAGCCUGGCCCUGCCGCUGGUCUUAUGGCCGAUAUGGGUUCGGACAAUAAAGGCACUGAUUGGUACGAGAGCCAAUUGUACCAAAACCACGACGAAUUGUUAUCUCCUCUGAAACAGCGCCAACAACAACAACAACAGCAUUCUUCCUCCAAAUUGCUCACCUUGCCCACCAUUCUAACGCUCGGCCGCGUUGCCUCUGUGCCGAUUCUCAUUAGCACUUUCUACGUGGAUAGUCGGUGGGGAACAACUGCUACAACAAGUAUUUUCAUUGCUGCAGCAAUUACUGAUUGGCUUGAUGGGUACAUUGCUCGAAAGAUGAGGUUGGGAUCUGCUUUUGGUGCUUUUUUGGAUCCCGUAGCUGACAAGCUCAUGGUUGCAGCCACACUGGUUUUGUUGUGUUCCAGGCCUUUGGAUGUUGCUAUGUUUGGGCAAGUUCCAUGGUUGCUGGUUGUUCCUUCAAUUGCCAUAAUCGGUAGAGAGAUAACCAUGUCUGCAGUUAGAGAAUGGGCUGCUUCUCAGAACAGUAAGCUUUUAGAGGCUGUUGCUGUAAAUAACUUGGGAAAGUGGAAAACAGCCACACAGAUGAUCGCGCUAACUGUCCUCUUGGCCACCCGAGACAGCAGUCUUGGAAGACCAGAGGCUCUAGUAGCUUCGGGUGUUGCUUUGCUUUAUAUUUCAGCAGGGCUUGCUGUAUGGUCUUUAGUUGUGUAUAUGAGCAAGAUAUGGAAAGUACUGCUGAAGUAGUGUGUGUGCUGUUGCUCUGUGUCUACGGAUAUACAUACUUCUCAACUGAGCAAUCAUCUCAAAUGCGAAGAAGUACUUGUUAGUGCUCUGUACAUGAACCCCGUAAUGAGCCAUUGGAGCAUCCUGCUGAUAGUCGAUGGAGGGGAUAACCGCUAUUGCUAAAGUUUCUGCAGUAUUAAGUAAAUUGCACUUUCAUAUUUUGGGCGGGGUAGUAUCAUUUUGUUUGAUUGCUCCCCUCGGCGACUUUAUAUUCUCACAGCUGUCAGGUUCAUCUGACUUUUCAGGAUAAUAGAGAUGUUGAAACAAAAUUUCCUCUUUACAUCACAUUUUGGUUAUUCAAUUUUUUGUUCUUUGAAAAAAAUAUGUACACUGAUUUGGAAGAUGAUGGUUCUUUGAAGCCGAGAUGAUGUUGGAGGAUGUGGCAUUAAUUAAUUUAGUUGCUGCUGCAGUUUGGCGCUGGAGAUGGCUUAUGUUUGUUGAUUCUAGAAAGUGUAAACAAAAAUAAUCUACGGCUAAAGAAAGUAGCUUUCUGAGUUCCCCUUA